CAGAAGCCUCUUGUUUUCCAGCUCAUCCUUCAAAAAGUAAAAGUGUAUUCGAUAUUUUAUUUUUCAUUUUUCGACCAAUAAAAAGAAAGAGUUAACAACAUAACAAGAGGCUCCUGUCACUCGCAUAAUAGGGAAAUGUGCAAUCUUUUUUUUGCAAUCUAAACUUUUUUCAUGAGCAAUCUAUAUAAAAGACCAACUAAUAAAGAUAAAAUACGACAACAACAUUAUAAAGCCAACAAGAAGCAUCCUAUUGAACAAAUAGUGUCUACAGUACCACAGUUGGCUAUUACAAUGGCUAUUCUGUUUUGUUUAUCAACAUAUUAUCAGGCAGACCUCAUUCAACAUGGCAAAGUAUUUUCUACAUCUUGUAUAUCUUUUAUCACCAUGUCUACUAUCUUUCUCAUCCUUCAACUAAGCGGUGCAGAAUACAGAAACUGGGAACAGAAUCCAAGAACACGUCGUUAUAUUCAAGCAGCAAGUGCAAGUGCAGUCAUAUCAUUCAUUGGAUUUACUUGCUCUUAUUGGCAUAUCUACAGUCUAUUCACGCCUGUCUUUGUCGGUUGUCAAUUCAUUUUUGUUACUUCUCUCUUGACCGUCUUGUUGUCUAUAAAAGAUUUAUUGUCUUGAUUUUUCCCUCUUUCUUUUUCUUUUUCUUUUU